AUCCACAUCCAUAUGUAUCGCUUCCUAUUCUUUUAAUUCAUUCACACCAUCCGCUUAUGAACCCUUUCUUUCUGAUUGUAGCAUAGGCAAUGGUACUGGAACAAUUGGUAAUCCAUCCAGAAGAAAAAGGAUGAGAAUUGAUCAUGAAUCAACACAAGUCACCACAGAUAACACAAACCCUUGGAACAAGGAAGAAUUUUCCAGCAGGUUACGAGAGAUAAUUAGUCAGUUGCAAGGCAUCCAAGGGGGUUUGAGAGGGAUUCUCGAGAUACUUGGCUUAGACUCUGCUGCAACUUUAAGUAACUCUCAGAAUACAACGCAUGGUCCAUGCCGAAGAACAUCAAGUCUUGUUCAAAGAAAAAUAUAUGGGAGAGCGGCAGAGAAGAAAUUCAUUAUCAAUUUGAUAAGAGAACACAAAUCAGCUGCUGGUGUCACUGUUGUGCCUAUUGUAGGCAUUGGAGGAGUUGGCAAGACAGCUCUCGCUCAACUUGUGUACAAUGAUCCAGCAGUGGAAAAUCAAUUUGAUCUCAGGAUAUGGAUUUGGGUAUCUAAUAUGUUUGAUGAAGUGAGACUCACAAGGGAGAUGUUAGAUUUUGUGUCUCGGGAAACACAUCAAGGGUUUUGCAGCUUUGCCAAGCUUCAGGAGGCCUUGAAGAUUAAUAUCAAGUCAAAGAGGGUCCUAAUGGUUUUAGAUGAUGUCUGGGAUGAUAGAAAUGAUAGCCGAUGGGACCAGCUAUUGGCUCCUUUUAAAUCUGAUGGUGCAAACAACAAUUUGAUACUCAUGACAACUAGAAAACCAUCUUUUGCAAAAAGAAGAGGAACAACUGAACCAAUUAAAUUAAGUGCAUUGGGAAAAGAUGAUUUCUGUUUAUUGUUUAAAGUAUGUGCAUUUGGUGAUGAGAACUACAAAGAGGAAGAAAGUCUAAGUGACAUCGGACAACAAAUAGUGCAAAAGUUAAAAGGAAACCCAUUAGCGGCACAAACUGCAGGAUCAAUAUUAAGAGAGCAUCUUAGCGUUGAACAUUGGACUAGAAAUCUGAGGAAUGAAUAUUGGAAAUCCCUGCAGCUCGCUAGCGGCGUCAUGCCUGCUUUGAAGCUUUGCUACGACGGGAUGCCCUUCCAUCUACAACAAUGCUUCUCCUAUUGUUCUAUAUUCCCAUACAAUUAUCAGUUUCCCACCGAGGAGUUAAUUCAUAUGUGGAUUUCACAUGGAUUUGUGAAGCGUGAUCGUUCAAGUGAGAAUUUGGAGGAGAUAGGGCGAUCCUAUCUAACUGACUUGGUAAACCUGGGUUUCUUUGAACAGGUUGAAGAAAUUGAAGAAGUCAUCUCUUUCGGUACACAAACUUCCUAUGUAAUCAGUAGUCUUAUGCAUGAUUUUGCGAGGGUUGUUUCAAGAACAGAGUGUGCAACAAUAGAUGGUAUAUAUUGCAAUGAAAUAUUGCCAACUGUACAUCAUUUGUCGAUACUAACAGAUUCUGUAUAUCUUAUGGAUGAUCAGACCGACAACAUAUCUCGUAGUGAGAAGUUUGAAGAAAAAAUACGAAUUGCAUGUACAUCAGUGAAAACCUUGAGGACAUUGGUGUUAAUUGGGCAGUAUGACUCUUUCUUCUUCAAAGUCUUCAAAGAAGUAUUCCAAAAGGAACAUCAUUUGCGAGUGCUUCAUUUGUCUGCAACAUCCGCUGAUUCUCAUUCCUUCAUAUGUAGUUGGGUAAAUCAUACACAUCUCCAGUAUCUGAAACUUGAGGGCGUUCAUGUUGAGCUGGGUUCACAGUCUCAAGUUAAGAGCAAGUUCUCCCAUCAAAUAUUAGAUGGUUGGCUUACCUCUCUGCAGACAAUUCAUCUAGAGAACUGUGGACAGGGCUGGAUACUUCCAUGUCUGGAAAGGUUUCCGUUUCUGACAAGGUUGAAGUUGAGCAACAUGCGGGAAGUAAGUGAAGUAUCAGUUCCGUCAUUGGAGGAGCUAGUUUUAGUAGAGAUGCCAGAGUUGGAGAAUUGUGUCUGCACUUCUCUGGGAGAUAUGAACUCUAGUUUAAGGGUACUGGAGAUCCGAGGUUGCCCUGGACUUAAGAUGUUUAAUUUGCUUGAGAAGCAUUAUAUCUUCAAAAUGGAGAAGAAUGCAUGGUUGCCCAGUCUUACAAAAUUCAUAAUCUGCGAUUGUCCUCACUUGCAAGUAUUGGCCCCUCUUCGGCCUUCAGCCACAUUUUCUGAAUUUUUAAUCAGCAGAGUUUCAAUGUUUCUCACGAUGGACGGAUUUUCCAUGGAAACAUUCGAAAUUAGGCCAAAUAGUCUUUUGGGUGAGUUUUCUGGUGAGAUGAGACUUGAUCAAAAAAUCUUGGCAUUCCAUAAUCCGAGGGACCUCAAACACUUGGAAAUAAAAGGCUGCCAGAAUCUGACAUCUAUUUCCCUAAUAAGUUCUUUUCAGUUUGUAUUUUUAGAGAGCUUGACAAUAGAAAACUGCACAAAACUCUUCUCUUCAAACAUUGUUUCAGCGCACACACAUGAAGCCAUGAUAGCUGUAGAUUAUAAUGCCCUCCCAUAUCUUGAAAGUCUCAGUAUUGUUUCAUGUGGAAUAACGGGGAAAUGGCUAUCUCUGAUGCUUCGACAUGCGCCGGCAAUGAAGGAAUUGGUGAUAGAGGACUGCCCAGAGUUGACACAGUUGCGGACUGAAGGGGGAGGAAACAGUAAGUCAAAUCUUAUCGCAGGCUCGGCAGAUUCAUCGUCAGGAUAUCUAAAUGAUUUGUCGGCAAGCUCAACUCAAGAUGGAUUGUGGUGCAUUCCAUUAAAUAUCACCUCCUCUCUCAAAAAGUUAACUAUUUAUAAUUGCCCUCAUCUAAUAUUUGAGGGGGGCAGGAAAGGCUUCACUGGAUUUACCUCCCUUGAGUCUCUAAGAAUUGGGGAAUGCCCUGUACUGCUGCUCUCGUCUUUGGUGCAUGGAAGAUUGCUCCUCCCGCAAUUACUAGAAGAAAUCGAAAUCGGUGAUUAUUACCAGGAAACCCUGCAGCCCUGCUUUCUGAAUAACCAUACCAGCCUAAAAAAAUUAGCAGUGCGUUGUAGCCAAAGUUUGAAUUCUCUAAUGCUGCACUCCUGCACGUCCUUGGAAGUUUUGACAAUUACAGCAUGCGGAUCGCUCAGCACAUUACACGGCAUGGGAUCUCUUGGAACCCUCAGGUCUUUAGCAUUAUAUAGGAACUCAAGUUUAGAAUUUCUACAGCCUGAAUCCUUCAGGAUGCUGGAAGAUUUGAACAUUACAAUCUGUAAUUCUCUCGUCGCACUAGAGGGCUUGCGGUCCCUUGUGAACCUCAGGCAUUUGACAGUCUUCAGUCAACCUGCCUGGGCUGUUACAACGUUUGGAGAGAGUUAUGAGCUAACAGAUAGAAUUUUCCCUAGACUGGAAAGUCUUACUAUCAGUGAAUUGUCUCGCCUUACCACGUCAUUCUGCAAGGGCCUCGCCAGCCUCCAACGCCUACAACUAAAGUUUUUGGAAGAGGCGAGGCUUACAGAUGAGCAAGAGACAGCACUUCUGCUGCACAGGUCCUUGCAAGAUCUCCAUUUUGUCCAUUGUGGCCAUCUCUUAUAUCUUCCUACGGGGCUGCACAGACUUCCUACCCUCAAGACAUUGAAGAUCGAAUGUUGUGGCCGCAUCUCACGGCUGCAGAAGGAGGGUCUCCCACCCUCGCUGGAAGAGCUGGAGAUCAUAUAUUGCAGCAAAAAGCUGUCAAAACAAUGCAGAUUGCUAGCAACAAGCAAGCUAAAUGUCAAAGUUGAUGACCGUCCGCCAUGGACCAGGAGCUAAUUCCAUGAUGGAUAGCUGCGAGGGACGUCUAAUACGG